AUGAGACCACAAACCGUCUGGCGAUCAAUUGGCCUGUUGCAACGCCCGACUAUCUCUCGCCGAUUCAUUCCUCACCGAGCCAUUCAAACAGCUACCUCACGACCGGUUCCCAACUUCGCUUUCGCUUUCGACAUCGAUGGUGUACUCCUUCGUUCCUCCAAGCCUUUGCCCGGUGCCGCCGACUCACUAGCUCUCUUGAAGGAGCAGGGUAUCCCCUUCAUUUUGCUCACCAAUGGUGGCGGUAAACACGAGACAGAGCGCGUCGCAGAAAUCAGCGAAAAGCUAGGGGUUCCUUUGGAUGCUACGGACAUUGUACAAAGCCACUCGCCCUUUGCUGAGCUUGUCAAAGGGUCGGAGGAGACCAGCGCUUUAGAGCACAAAUGUGUCUUGGUGGCCGGCGGUGAUGGAGAUAACUGUCGUCGCGUGGCAGAACAGUAUGGUUUCAAGAAUGUCGUCACUCCGGCAGAUAUUCUCAUGGCCAACCCCGCUAUCUGGCCGUUCUCGAACAACUUCAGCGCGUACUACAAGACAUUUGCCCGACCGCUUCCCAGGCCCAUUGAUUUUAACGAUCCCUCGAAGACCUUGAAGAUCGACGCCAUCUUCGUGUUCAAUGACCCUCGCGAUUGGGCAUUGGACACGCAGGUUAUUAUGGACCUCCUCCUCUCGUCACAAGGCCGUUUGGGCACUUUGUCCGAACUGAACGGCCGAGUUGAGCUUCCCAAUCACGGAUACCAGCAAGACGGGCAACCGCAUCUGUACUUCUCUAACCCUGAUCUGUGGUGGGCUGCUGCCCAUCCUUUGCCGCGUCUUGGCCAGGGCGGCUUCCGAGAAGCGCUCGAGGGCGUUUGGGCUGCAACUACAGGUGGUCCCAGCAAGGGCAUCGAGUUGAAGAAAACCGUGAUUGGGAAGCCUUAUCACCCGACCUAUGAGUUCGCAGAGCGUCAGAUGCUUCGAAAUCGUCUGAACACCUUCGGUAGCUCUGCAGUAAAUCUUACACCCUUGGAAAGAGUCUAUAUGGUCGGUGAUAAUCCGGAAUCGGAUAUUCGAGGAGCCAAUUCCUACCGCAGUACAUUUGGCAGUAACUGGCAAUCUAUCCUUGUCCGCACUGGGGUUUACAGUGGCGGAGAACCUGCCUGGAUCCCUAAGACAAUUGCCGACAAUGUAUACAAGGGUGUACAAUGGGCGCUGAAGAGCUCGAACUGGCCUGCUGCUUAG